AUGGACUCACGAGCUGAUGAUGACGAGGCCCCAACAGACCCGGCAGCCAGGAAACAUACACACCACGACUACACUGAACAGGACUUUGAAAGGCACAGAGCGCACACGGUGUUUGUGGGUGUUCAUGUACCGGCAAGAAGACAUUCACAUAGGAAACACAAACACCAUCACCGCUAUGGAGAAAAAGAUCCUGAAAGACCAAGCCCAGCAGUAAUGGCUCGAGUUAGAAGACUUAGCGUAACGGAUGAUGGGGAAACAUUAACACCACCAGCCCAAAGGGUUCAAUUUAUAUUGGGUGAAGAUGUUGACGACUCCACCCUUGAAUCCCAUCCACUUUUUUCUGAAAUGGAAGAGUUGGUUAAGGAUGGAGAUGAGUUGGAAUGGAAAGAAACAGCAAGGUGGAUCAAAUUUGAGGAAGACGUCGAAGAAGGAGGCAAUAGGUGGUCGAAACCACAUGUAGCGACACUUUCUUUGCAUUCGCUUUUUGAACUGAGAAGUCUCAUUUUGAAUGGAUCAGUAAUCCUUGACUUAGAAGCAAGUUCAUUAGAACAAGUUGCAGAUAGUGUACUAGACAAUAUGGUUGUAGAAGGACUUCUUGCUUAUGAUAGAAGAGACAAAGUAAAAGAUGCAUUACUUAGAAGACAUAGACAUCAACAUGAAAGACGAAAUCAUAAUAAUAUGUCUAGACUUCCUUUAAUCCGUUCUCUUGCGGACAUUGGAAAAAAUCACUCAUCCUGCAAAAAUUUCCAGGAGAGUGGCUCUCGACGCUCCAGUUCGAGGAGUUGUCGAGGGUCCACCUCGUCUCAGAAAUCGGCACUCCAUCCCGCAGCCGACUCGAGAGGCUCUUAUCUAGCCGUUCCAGUGGAUGAAGGCGCUACAAGUUCAUCAAGUGGGCCUUUUCAAAAAGGAGAUUUUGGUCGAUUCCUAGGCAUCUCUAGUGCGGGUGCAGCUCAUGAUGAAGGAAUGGUAAAAAGUCCUAGCAAUUUAUCUAUGCAUCGUAAUCACAGUUUAGGAGACCUACCAUUGAACGGGGAUAUAAAUCACAAAUGUAACACACAUUUUAUGAGAAAAAUCCCACCCGGAGCCGAAGCUUCCAAUAUUCUAGUCGGUGAAGUGGAUUUUCUUGAAAAAACGCUUUCUGCUUUCGUGAGACUGAAAACUGGUACUAUCAUGGGUGAUUUAACCGAAGUUCCGGUGCCAACACGCUUUAUGUUUGUUUUGCUAGGACCACCCAAUAGCAACUCUAGCUUUCAUGAAAUCGGAAGAGCAAUGGCUACCUUAAUGUCAGAUGAAAUAUUUCACGAAGUUGCUUAUAGAGCUAAAAGACGUGACCACCUACUGGCCGGAAUAGAUGAGUUUCUGGAUGCCGUGACUGUAUUGCCACCUGGAGAGUGGGACCCAGCUAUUCGUAUUGAACCUCCCGCAGCAAUUCCUUCUCAAGAUCCUCGCAAGCGUCCAAAUGACAGUACACCUAAGGAAGAACCCGAUGAAGAAGAAGAAGAACAAAAGCAAAGAGAAGAAUCGGGUUUGUCAAGGAGUGGAAAACUAUUUGGAGGUUUAAUGAAUGAUUUUAAACGAAAAGUUCCAUGGUAUUGGUCAGAUUUUAAAGAUGCUAUGGCUCUUCAGUGUAUUGCUUCAUGGAUAUUUUUAUACUUUGCCUGCCUAUCACCAAUAAUAACUUUCGGUGGCUUGUUGGGGGAAGCAACUGGUAAAAAUAUGGCAGCCAUGGAAUCUUUGGUGUCUGGUUUUGUAUGCGGCAUGGGAUACGGAUUUUUUUCUGGCCAACCCUUAACAAUCUUGGGGUCAACUGGACCCGUCUUAGUAUUUGAAACGAUUGUUUUCGAAUUUUGUAAACAAAUUGGAUGGAACUACAUGUCUUUUAGAUUCUGCAUCGGAACAUGGACGACUAUUAUCCUUAUUACUUUAGUUGCAAUAGACGCAAGUGCAUUAGUUUGUUACAUAACUCGAUUCACAGAAGAAAAUUUUGCAACUUUGAUAGCUUUCAUAUUUAUUUACAAGGCAGUGGAAAAUGUUAUCUCAAUCGGUAAAAAGUACCCUUUAAAGACGCGGCCCGAUGAAGUUCUCAAUUACGAAUGUUAUUGUUUACCAACCAAUUACUCAAAAGUACCAGAGCAAUUUAAUUGGACGUCCGUUGAUAAAGUGUCUUGUCAGUUAUAUAACGGAACUUUAGCAGGUGGUGGGUGUGAUACCAAAGUAUAUGUACCAGACGUUUUUUUGAUGUCAAUAAUUUUAUUUCUCGGUACAUUUACAAUCUCUAUUAUUCUUAAAGAUUUUAAAAACUCCCUGUUCUUCCCAUCAAAGGUUCGGCAAAUCAUAAGCGAUUUUUCGGUUAUAAUAGCUAUUUUGUCGAUGUCUUUCCUAGAUUAUAAGGUUGGCGUGAAAACCCCAAAACUGGAGGUUCCUUCAGAAUUUAAACCCACUUUACCAUCUCGCGAUUGGGUCAUAACUCCUUUUAAUGGAAAUCCAGUUUGGUCAGCCCUGGUGGCUAUUCUACCGGCAUUGUUGGGGACCAUACUUAUAUUCAUGGAUCAACAAAUAACAGCAGUUAUUGUGAAUCGGAAAGAGAAUAAAUUGAAGAAGGGAUGUGGUUACCAUUUGGACCUAUUUGUUUUGGCUAUUCUUAUACAAAUUUGUUCUAUAAUGGGAUUGCCAUGGUUUGUAGCGGCUACUGUCCUUAGUAUCAAUCAUGUAAAUUCUCUAAAGGUCGAAUCUGAAUGUGCUGCUCCCGGUGAAAAACCACAAUUUUUAGGAGUUAGAGAACAAAGAGUGACACAUAUCCUCAUAUUUCUGACUAUAGGUUGUUCAGUUGUAUUAACCCCGGUUUUAAGACAUAUACCAAUGCCAGUAUUAUUUGGAGUAUUUCUAUAUAUGGGCGUUGCAUCGCUCAAAGGACUCCAAUUCUUUGAUAGAAUUUUGAUAAUGUUUAUGCCUCAAAAAUAUCAACCGGAUCACAUGUUCUUGCGACAAGUCCCAAUACGUCGAGUUCAUAUAUUUACUGCUAUCCAACUGACUUGUCUUGUCUGUUUGUGGCUCAUUAAGUCGUUUUCUACGACAUCCAUUUUGUUUCCAUUGAUGCUUGUUGUAAUGAUUGGUAUAAGGAAAUCUUUGGAUUGGUUCUUUACUAGAAGAGAACUAAAAAUUUUAGAUGAUGUUAUGCCAGAAAUGACCAAGAGGAACCAAGACGAACUUCGCGAACUCGGCGAUAUCGAGGACACAAACAAGAGCAGUCCACCAACAUUUCAAGAGAAUCUACAAAUUCCUCUUAUCAAUGGAAACAUAAUGAACAUACCUCUGGCAUCUAUUAACAUAUCUGAGGAAAUGAAUAAAACAGGAAUUUGGAAACAAGUCAACAACACCAACAAAAAUAAAAAUCAUCCAGAAGGAAGGGAUUUGAAAUUAAAGUGCGGAAAAAAAACUAUCAAACACAAAAAACUAAUAUCCAAAAACGCACAAUCCGAGAUCGAGAGGCGCCUUUCAACGAUGGCAGAAGUGGAGGAAGAUGACUCAAUGAAGGUGUGCAUGGAUACAAAAUUCUAA